AUGGUGUUCCGCAAGUACAAGCAGCUCUGGCCUCCGUUGGAGAGUUCACAGCUCAAGCUCUCUUGUCUCUUGGGAGAACUUCCAGUUGUCGGCCAGCUUAGCAUGACCGCUACGUGCGACGGGAAAGACAUUCCUGGUACUAUCAUAGUGGUCGACAGCUCCGGACCAUCUUUGUGCGGCAGAGACACCAUCAAGGCAUUUAAUGAAGUUGGAGUGGCAAUGUUGUCGAAUGUGGUAGCGAAUCUGCAACCGGCUGGAAUACAGGCUGUCAGCACAGGUCUGCAACAGCUGCUUGACGAAUAUGCCGACGUGUUUGCUCCGGGACUCGGCCUGUGCAAAGGACCACCGGUCACAUUUCAAUUGAAAGAAAACGCGUGUCCACGGUUCUUUAAGGUCCGUACUGUACCCUACGCUCUCAGAGAUAAGAUGUCUGAAUCGUUGGAUCAGCUGGUCGGGGAAGGCGUUUUGACGCCGGUAAAAACUGCUGAAUGGGCAACCCCUGUGGUACCCGUUUUGAAGGGCGAUGGGUCCCUCCGACUGUGUGGAGACUUCCGUAUGACUGUGAAUGCGGCCACUGUGGUAGAACAAUACCCGUUGCCUCAAGUGGACGACAUUUUUGCUAGGUUAAACGGUGGCGAAGUAUUCACGACCUUGGAUUUGCGUCAAGCCUACAACCAGUCGCCAUUGGAUGAGGAAGCAAAGAAGAUAACAGUCCUCAACACCCAGAAGGGUCUCUUUUGUUUUAACAGAUUACCGUUUGGCCUAAGUUCUGCUCCAGCCAUAUUCCAAAGGCGAAUGGACGGACUGCUGGGGGAUAUUCCUGGAGUGCAGGUGUACCUGGAUGACAUUAUCAUCGCCGAGAAAAAACAUAAUUCUUCUAGGCUCAAAACCGUGCUGCAGCGGCUGCGGGAGUAG